CAGACACGUUUUAAUAAUCUUUUUAAAGAACAAAAAUUUUUUAAGAAUCGCGGCGUUUCGAUACGAUUAUAUUUUUUUUUGUCUUAAAUCGAUUUUUAUUUUGUUUAUAAUUAAAAUUUUUAAUUGUUUUUUUGUUGUUGUUAUUUUUCUUGAUUUGUUUUAAUCUUUAAGAAAAUAAUUUUUUUUUUUGUAUUUAAUUAUAAAAUUUAAGAAGAAUUAAAUAGAAAGUUGGUUAUUUGCAAAAUCUUUUAAGGUUAAGUUGCAAAAUUUUUUUUUAUUUAAGAAAAUAAUAUUGAGAGAAAAGAAAAAAACAUUUUGAAAAUGUAAAUUUGUUCUGACUGACUUCAGUUUCAGCAGAUCAGUUAACAAUUAAAAAAAAUUAUCGGAGCAACAAUAAUACCUGCAUAAAUAACCAUCCACCAACUACAACAACAAUUCUAUUGCUGAAAUUUCAAACAAGAAUCAAAAAAAAGAACAACUUUUAAGAAGUAUAAGUAUAAGCGAAAAGAACAUGAGCAAUAAAAAAAAAUAUUUUUAGCAAGAAAAUAAAAAAUAUUGAAAAAAUAUAAGAGAAAAAAAUUACCUGUGAUUGUGCAAAAAAGUUAAAGUUAAAAUUCGAAUAAAUUUAAAAUAAAAUAUAAAAAAAAAAUUUUGCAAAUAAGAAACAGGAAAACAAAGUGUUUUUUCACAAAAUUUUAAAAGAAAAUUUCUAAAUUGAAAAUUGGAUUCAAAAACCUGAUAUUGCAAAAAAAAAACAUUUUUUAAAUCAACAACAAAAUGAGUAAACCAUUUGAUGCACGAUCAAGAAAAUUAUCAUUUCUUGGAUUUAACAGCAGGGUUCGAUCAAAUCGUCACGAUGACCCUGAGAAUGUACUAUUAGAUACGGAAAUGGAAAAACUUUUCGAUAAGGCAUCGAAAAGUUUAACGAGAGUAUCAAGCUAUAAUAAAAAUGAAAAAGAUAAAUUUGAUAAGUUAUUAACACGAGAUGGAGCUGAUGAUCAACCGAUACCGAUGUCAUCAUACAAUGAAGAUGGAAAAUCAUCCUUUGAACAACAGCGAAAAUUUUUUAUUGAAAGUGCACCAACGUCAGCUGUUUGGCCAAUAAAUGAUUUUUCACUUGAAGAUGGUGAUGGUGGUGUCGGUGGCGGUGGAGGUGGAGGUGGCGGUGGCGUUGGCGAUGGAGGUGGCGGUAUUGGAGGCGGUGGUAGUCGUGCUCGUAUUAACAGUCACCGUGGUGGUGGUGAUAGCGAAAAUUAUGAUGAAAAAGAUGAGUUAAUUGAAGCUGGUGAUGACAAUAAAAUUGAAGAAUCCCAAGAGCAUAGUCCUUUGAUAUCUAGAAGAGCUGAAUUUUCGGCUGGAGAUCAUUCGGAUAGUUCAUUUGAUGAUAGACGAGUACAAUUUAAUAAUCGAAAAACUUCUAAUAUAUCGUUUGGAGCUACACAAUUACCAGCUGCUGGUGAAGAAAAUGAUCGUUUUGAAGAACGAAAGAGAAGAAAAAGCCGACAUCAGUAUUAUCGUACAAGAAAAUUAUCACAUCAAGAAGGUACCCAACGAAAAAUAUCAGAAUCAGAACCAAUACAUAGUGAUCAUACAAUUAGAAAAGUAUCUGUUCAACCAGAAGAUUUUACAUUAGAAGAAGCUGAUAUUAAUGAAUUAACAUCACAUCGUUCUGAUGAUCAAAGAGCAUUACGUCGACCAAAAAUCCAUUCAAUUCGUAUGAAAAAACAUUCACAAAAUAAUUCAUAUUUAUCACAAGGAUUAAGUGGUUUUGAACCAAUUAUUAAAAAACAUUUUGAUCAUAGUCCACAUGAAAUUUUCGUACAAUUAGAUGAAUUAUGUGGUACCGGUAAAGAUCGUGAAUGGAAAGAAACAGCACGUUGGAUUAAAUAUGAAGAAGAUUUAGAAGAAGGUUCUGAUAGAUGGGGUCGACCACAUGUUGCAUCAUUAUCAUUUCAUUCUUUAAUUAAUUUAAGACGUUGCUUAGAAACUGGUGUUGUAUUAUUGGAUUUAGAAGAAAAAGAUUUACCUGGUGUUGCAUAUCGUGUUGUUGAACAGAUGGUAAUAGCUGAUUUAAUUACAGCUGAUGAUAAAGCAGUUGUUAUGAGAGCAUUAUUACUUAAACAUCGACAUGUUAAUGAACAUCCAUAUGGAUUUUCAUUUCCAAAAAAGAAAAAUAGUAGCUGUGUUAGUUUACAAACUUUGAAUUCACAAAGUCUUAAUGCAGAUGAUAAAAGACCAAGAAUUUUACCAGCAAGUGAAAUAAAUGGAAAUCGUAGUAAAAAUGAUCUUAAACUUGAUAAUAAAGAUGAUUUUAAUUAUUAUUCAUCAUCCCAGGAGGAUUUAAAGAAAUUAAUGAAUGAUACAAUAUUACGAAGAAUUCCACAAGGUGCAGAAGCCACAACAGUAUUAGUUGGUUCAGUUGAAUUCUUAGAGAAGCCAACAAUUGCUUUUAUACGUUUAGCUGAAGGUAUAUUAAUGCCAUCAAUAACCGAAGUACCAGUACCAGUACGUUUUAUGUUCAUAUUAAUGGGACCAAAAUUAAUGGAUUUAGAUUAUCAUGAAGUUGGUCGUUCAAUAGCUACACUUAUGGCAAACGAACAUUUUCAAGAAAUUGCAUAUAGAGCUGAUGAUAGAAAAGAAUUAUUAUCAGCUAUUAAUGAAUUUUUAGAUGAUUCAAUUGUAUUACCACCAGGUAAUUGGGAUCGUAAUGAUUUAUUACCAUUUGAAGAAUUAAAAGCUAAACGUGAUUGGAUUAAAACAAGAAAAGCAAAAGCAUUAGAAGUACAAGAAAAACUCCGAAAGAAAAAAAUUCAAGAGGAAGAAGCAUUAAAAUUAUUAAAGACAGAAGAAAAAGAUUUUGAUGAAAAGAAACCAAGAAAAGGACCAUUAGAAAAAACACAUAAAUGGUGGGGCGGUUUACGUAACGAUAUUAAACGUCGCUACCCUAUGUAUAAAAGUGAUAUUCUUGAUGGUUUGAAUACUGAAACUUUGGCAGCUGCUACUUUUAUGUUUUUUGCAAAUUUAUCAACAGCAAUAACAUUUGGUGGUUUAAUGUCUGAAAAAACUCAUUAUCAUAUUGGAAUCUCUGAAACUUUAUUAGCAUGCUCAAUAGUUGGUGUUAUUUUCCAUACAUUUGCUGGACAACCAUUAGUUAUAAUUGGAACAACAGGACCUUUAUUACUUUUCGAUGAAGCACUCUUUCAAUUUUGUCGAUCACAAGAAAUAAAUUUUCUUGCCGUACGUUUGUAUAUUGGUAUAUGGUUAAUAAUAAUUGGUUUAACUGUAUCAGCAUUUGAAGGAAGUACUUAUGUUAGAUUACUAACACGUUUUACACAAGAAAUAUUUUCAGCUUUAAUAACUUUAAUUUAUAUUGUUGAAACAUUUAUGAAACUUGUUAUAAUUUAUCAAAGGCAUCCAUUAUCAUCAAGCAGUUAUAUAAAUUCAAAUGAAUUAAUGCCAUCAGCUGAAGCAUUAAUUGGUGGUUUAGUCUCUGAUUAUGAUGAUCCAUCAAUAUUCAAUUCAACUGAUUUACCAUUAAAUGAUAUUUUUGGAUUAAAUGAAACAACUACCAUAAAAAAUAUUUCAGAUGGAUUAUCAUUAGUUGAUUUAGAUCGAGAUAAUCGACCAAGAAAUCAACCGAAUACAGCAUUAUUUUGUACAUUUUUAACAUUAGGAACAUUUGCAAUUGCCUAUUAUUUAAAAUUAUUCCGAAAUUCACAUUUUUUGGGUCGUAAUGCUAGAAGAGCAUUAGGUGAUUUUGGUGUUCCAAUAGCGAUUGCAUUAUUUGUUGGUAUCGAUUAUUUAAUACAAGGUGUUUAUACAGAAAAAUUAAAAGUUCCUGAAGGAUUAUCACCAAGUUUACCUGGUCGUAGUUGGUUAGUUUCAUUAAGUGGUACAAAUGAAUGGAUACCAUUUUUAGCUGCAAUACCAGCUGUACUAGUUUAUAUUUUAAUAUUUAUGGAAACACAUAUAUCAGAAUUAAUUGUUGAUAAACCAGAAAGAGGUUUAAAAAAAGGAUCCGGUUUACAUUUUGAUAUUGUAUUAUUAAGUUUUUUAAAUUGUAUAUGUGGAUCAUUAGGUAUGCCAUGGCAUUGUGCAGCUACAGUUCGUUCUGUGGCACAUGUUUCUGCUGUAACAAUAAUGUCAAGAACACAUGCUCCAGGUGAAUCACCACGUAUCAUUGAUGUUAAAGAACAAAGAGUUUCUGGUCUAUUUGUUUCAAUUAUGGUCGGUUUAUCUGUUUUAAUGACACCACUUUUAAGGCUUAUACCAAUGGCAGUGCUAUUUGGUGUAUUCUUAUAUAUGGGUAUAGCAUCUAUGAGUGGUGUACAAUUAUUUGAAAGGAUUACAUUGUAUUUUAUGCCAACAAAACAUCAUCCAUCAACACCAUAUGUUAAACGGGUUCCAACUUGGAAAAUGCAUGCAUUUACAACAGUUCAAGUAUUUUGUUUAACUGUUUUAUGGGUUGUUAAAUCAUCAAUUAUAUCAUUAGCUUUUCCAUUCUUUUUAAUAAUGAUGGUACCAUUACGUUUUCAAUUAUCGAGAUUUUAUACAUCAAAAGAAAUGAAUGCGUUGGAUGGUACACAAGCAAAAAUUGAAGCAGAUGAUGAACCUGAUUUUUAUGAACAAGCUGGUAUUGUAGCAUAAAUAAUUCGCAAUCAUAUCAAAUUUCGAAUAUUAAAAGAAAGCAAGGAAAAUAUGAGAAUAUUCCGUCGGGAAUUGAAAAAGACAAAAAAGCAACAACAACAAGUUAAAAGAACAACUCAAAAUAUUGAACAACUUUAAAGAAUAUUUUAAGUGUUUCAAUAUUCAAAUGAUUUUUAAAAAUUGAAAUUAAUAAAUUUUUUCUUAUUUGUAUACAAAAAUCUUAAUUUGCACAUUAUUAUAAUUUUAAUAUUAAUUAUAAUUUUAUUGCUUUGUUUAAUUUAUUUAAAUAUUUAAUUAAUUAAAAUUACUCAUAAAAAUAUUAAUAAAAUAUUAUUACAAAUAUUGCUAUUUAAAUUUAGAUUUCAAUUAUAAAAGCAAACAGCUCAAUUUUUUUCAUUUAAAUAAUUUCAAUAAAAUCGAUAUUGUAAACUACAUACUUGAAUCGAUAUUGUAAAUCGAUAUUGUAGUUACUUAGUGUGCAUAAUAUAUA